GCAUGACUCAGCACUGGCCCAGUCGUGGAGGCACUUGCCUGAUAAGACCGCCCAGUGAGAGUGCAUGAAAUUGAACAGAGCAUCUUAUCAAGGAGCAAACAUUGUAGCUACGCAUAAUUCGAAGAAUGUCUGUUGCGAACCAGAGCCCGAAAGUGUUAGUCUUAAAGGUCGUGUGAGAGACCCGAUAGAGAUGACUACUCGCAUGCCAACAGCGUGAUUUGCCAUGCUCCGAUUAAAAGUCAACCGCUAUCGUGGUUCGUAAUCAAAAUUUACAGCCGCCCCACAGAAAUAACUAUUAAAUGAUUGGUAAAUGAAACGAUAAUUUGACUAUAAUUUGAGCACAUAAAUCGGUGUGGAGUGGGUGGCGGGAAUCAGUGUAGGGCAUCCUAGCGCUAUCGCUAGAUCUUACUACAAUUUCUGGUGGUCUGUGUCAAGUGCGUCGACGCUUAAGCAAUUAUCAAUACUUAUGUUUAUCUCCCCGAAGUGGGGUUCUUAAACUGUUAACAGCAAUAUAGGAUUACCAAAGCGCCCGCCCUCCGCACGAGUAGACGUAGACGGGUCGCUUCGAUGAUAAGGAUAAGUAUCAGUAUAGUAUAUUGAAAUUCGUUUGUCGUUAUUUCGCUGUCAUUUAGUAGCUGGAGAGCCAUCGACAGAGUCGCUAGUACCGGGUACUUUUCUGUCAGAUCCGUGGAGUGCUUGUACUAAUAGACAAUAACAUGAAAAUCGAGUGGGCUCCCCUACACGUCCCGCUGGCACGACGCCUGCAGACCCUGGUCACAGCGGUUCUCACCGUCACGUUCUUCACGCUGCCCCUUUUAGCCUGCCUCGUUGUUGCAGUCGUGCUGUUCUAUGGGGGCAUCAUACUCCGCACUUUGAUGCUCAUUUAUUUUGUUUAUAUGUUUGUGGAUCACAAGAGAAACUACUCCAUCUUGGAAGGCAAUGGCUGGAUGAUAAACCGUUCGAAUCGUUUAUAUCGGAACUAUCGCGACUAUUUUCCCAUAGAGCUAGUAAAGACAGUGGACCUGCCACCAAACAGAAACUACAUCUUGGCCAGCUUUCCCCAUGGCAUACUCGGAACUGGAGUUUGCGUCAACAUGGGACUGGACAUCGGCAAAUGGCUGGAGUUGUUUCCCCAGAUCCGUCCCAAGGUGGGCACCUUGAAUCAACACUUCAGAACACCGCUGCUCCGUGAAAUUGUGCGCUGGUGGGGAAUGGUGUCGGUGUCCAAGGAGUCCCUGGUCCGAUUGCUAACCAAAUCGAAUGAUCCAAAGCAUGCGGGUAAUAGCGAUGGCUUCACGUCCAAUGCGGUGGCCAUACUGGUAGGGGGCGCCCAGGAAGCCAUGGACUCGCAUCCCGGGAAGUAUAUUCUGACCCUGAAGAACCGCAAGGGAUUCGUCAAAAUGGCCAUUCGAACGGGAUCACCAAUUGUUCCCACGUUUUCCUUCGGGGAGGUGGAUAUAUUCGAUCAGGUGGCCAAUCCACCAGACUCGUUGCUGCGUCGCGUGCAGUCUGUGGUGAAGAAACUGACGGGAAUAUCCCCGCUUAUACCAGUGGGUCGUGGCAUCUUCAACUAUUCCGUUGGCUUCCUGCCCCAACGCCGUCGCAUCGUCCAAGUUGUUGGCUCCCCCAUCGAUGUGGUAAAGAGUGAGCAACCGGAUGCCGCCUAUGUGGACAAAGUCCAUAGACAAGUCAUAGAGGACCUCGAGAGGAUGUUCGAUCUUUAUAAGGAGAAAUAUAUACCGAACUCAAAGAACAGCAAGCUGGUUAUACAGUAACUGCCUCUGAUAUUCUCAGGCCAAAAGUGAUCUUCAGUGUAGAUGGGUUAUGCUUUCUAAGCAUUUAAGCACAAACACAACACACACACAAAGUCGAGUUUAAGGAUUAUCUUUAACGAAAGCAUACUAUACAUAUGUUUUGUUGUUUUCCUUUUAUUAAUUAUUACCAAUUAUUUAUAUAUACAAAAAGAACAAGGAGCUGGAUUGUAAUUUUGUAAUUCGUAUUUGGAAAAGCUUAAAUUAAUUGCGCAUUUUGUGCCACGAUGCCAUGCUCUGAUCAUUCAUUAAUUGAAUUAUCAUCUUCCGCCUUGUAUAUGCUUUAACAACUAUAAGGAAUUUGAUUUUGGUAAGAGUACGUGCUACGCUAGGAAAGAUUCAAUCGCAGAAUUUCAUUAAGGUACAAUUCAAUUUAGUAACACUUAUCCAAUUUCUUGCUAGUUUUCUUUUUCUUUUUAUUUUAAUUUGUUUUUUCCGUUUUUAAACUCUUAAGCAAUGGCAAUAUUUGAAAUUUUAUGGAAUAUAUGUAUAAGUUCAAUUGGGAUGCUAGUUUUAAGUACUUGCAGUUGGCUUAAUUUUUCAAAGUUUUCAAGUACUCGUAGACUUAGAGACUUAUCUACAAAUUUUCAAAUAUUUUGAAAAGUAUUCGCCUAUAUGUAUAUUUUAUGGUAUAUUCUUUGAGAAAGGAACACUUGGCAUAAAUUGGGUUUUCGAUUGGAGUUCUCUUGUAGAGCUGAAUAGGAGGCAAGGCCGUAGAUACAUGGAUACAUAAGCAUAUAUGUACCAUAUGUUCCAUUUAAACAACGAUCUCCUAAGCUCUCUUCAAGCGUAACUUUUGAGUAGACUGUACUUUUAGCUAAUUGAAUAAGUAUUCACGGUAACGCUGAUGAUUGUUAAGAUCUGAAUUCUGCUCUCACUAUCGCAUUCCGAUUAAUUGCUGUCGAUACAAAAUAUGUAUUUGGCAUAAUUGUAUAUAUAUACAUACAUAUAUGUAUGU